GCCGGCGGCGCGCGCGGCGCGAGGACCCAGGCUCCCUCCUCUGGGGGGCGGGCACGCGGAAGGCGCUGGUGACUGAGCGACUGGCGGGGCCGGCGGGGACCGGAGCUCCGGGCUCGGUGGGUCCCUAGCUGCACCAGACGGAUCCCCAGGGUUGGGGAAUUAGGGAGGUCUACUCGGGCCCCCUGCCCGCACCCGCCAUGGCGGAGAAUUGGAAGAACUGCUUUGAGGAGGAGCUCAUCUGCCCCAUCUGCCUGCACGUCUUCGUGGAACCGGUGCAGCUGCCGUGCAAACAUAACUUCUGCCGGGGCUGCAUCGGCGAGGCUUGGGCCAAGGACAGUGGCCUGGUGCGCUGCCCGGAGUGCAACCAGGCCUACAAUCAGAAGCCGGGCCUGGAGAAGAACCUGAAGCUCACCAACAUCGUGGAGAAGUUCAACGCCCUGCACGUGGAGAAGCCGCCGACGGCACUGCACUGCGUGUUCUGUCGCCGCGGCCCCCCGCUGCCGGCGCAGAAGGUCUGCCUGCGCUGCGAGGCUCCCUGCUGCCAGUCCCACGUGCAGACGCACCUGCAGCAGCCCUCCACCGCCCGCGGGCACCUCCUGGUGGAGGCGGACGACGUGCGGGCCUGGAGCUGCCCGCAGCACAACGCCUACCGCCUGUACCACUGCGAGGCCGAGCAGGUGGCGGUGUGCCAGUACUGCUGCUACUACAGCGGCGCGCAUCAGGGACACUCGGUGUGCGACGUGGAGAUCCGGAGGAAUGAGAUACGGAAGAUGCUGAUGAAGCAGCAGGAGCGGCUGGAGGAGCGAGAGCAGGACAUCGAGGACCAGCUCUACAAGCUUGAGUCAGACAAGCGCCUGGUGGAGGAGAAAGUGAGCCAGCUGAAGGAAGAGGUGCGGCUGCAGUAUGAAAAGCUUCACCAGCUGCUGGAUGAGGACUUGCGGCAAACAGUAGAGGUCCUGGACAAGGCGCAAGCCAAGUUCUGCAGCGAGAACGCGGCGCAGGCGCUGCACCUUGGGGAACGCAUGCAGGAGGCCAAGAAGUUGCUGGGCUCCCUGCAGCUUCUCUUCGAUAAGACAGAAGAUGUCAGCUUCAUGAAGAACACCAAGUCUGUGAAAAUCCUAAUGGACAGGACCCAGACCUGCACGGGCAGCAGCCUUUCUCCCCCUAAGAUCGGCCACCUGAACUCCAAGCUCUUCCUGAACGAGGUGGCCAAGAAGGAGAAGCAGUUGCGGAAGAUGCUAGAAGGUUCCUUCAGCACGCCGGUGCCCUUCCUGCAGAGCGUCCCCCUGUACCCUUGUGGCGUGAACAGCUCUGGGGCAGAAAAGCGCAAGCACUCGACAGCCUUCCCGGAGGCCAGCUUCCUUGAGACGUCAUCCGGCCCUGUGGGCAGCCAGUAUGGGGCGGCGGGCACAGCCAGCGGCGAGGGCCAGUCUGGGCAACCCCUGGGGCCCUGCAGCUCCACACAGCACUUGGUGGCCCUGCCAGGUGGUGCCCAGCCAGUACACUCGAGUCCUGUGUUUCCCCCAUCGCAGUACCCCAAUGGCUCUGCCACCCAGCAGCCCAUGCUUCCCCAGUAUGGCGGCCGCAAGAUUCUCGUCUGUUCUGUGGACAACUGUUACUGUUCUUCCGUGGCCAACCAUGGUGGCCACCAGCCGUACCCCCGAUCCGGCCACUUCCCUUGGACAGUGCCCUCACAGGAGUAUUCACACCCACUUCCACCCACACCCUCCGUCCCUCAGUCCCUCCCUGGCCUGGCAGUCAGAGACUGGCUCGACGCUUCCCAGCAGCCUGGCCACCAGGAUUUCUACAGGGUGUAUGGGCAGCCGUCCACCAAACACUAUGUGACAAGCUAACGCCAAGCAGGCAGUGGACGCUGGGGACCCUUCCCCCCAGCCCCGGUGGCUCGGGAGUUAUGCAUCCAGAGACCUGCCCUUCUUUCUACCCUCCUCCCCUUCCUCCGUUCCUCCAGGUCUUUUCCUUUUGGAUUUUGUUUUAUUUAGGGCCUUUUGUU